AUGUCACCUAACGUACCCCUACUCGUGCAGGUUUUGACGGGAUGCCUUUUUUCGUUCACCGGCCCAUCGGCGUUUCGCACGGGCCAGCUUGAUCUGCGUCACACCUUUGAUGCACCGUUAAAGCUCGGCACGGGUAUCAUUGCUGGUGAUAUCUUUGAUACGCCAGUGGUGCCGCGCCUGCAGCCCGAGCAUCAUCUUUACUGCGCACACCUACGUGGCAUGAUGACGUCACCAUUUCAGCCCGCCAGCGCCACGCCAGCGGCUAUAAAAGGGACGCCAAUUGCUUCAAGCGGCAGUGGACACGGCAACCAAGCCGCGACGAUGUCACCUAACGUACCCCUACUCGUGCAGGUUUUGACGGGAUGCCUUUUUUCGUCGACCGGCCCAUCGGCGUUUCGCACGGGCCAGCUUGAUCCGCGUCACACCUUUGAUGCAUCGUUCAAGCUCGGCACGGGUAUCGUUGCUGGUGAUAUUCUUGAUACGCCAGUGGCGCCGCGCCUGCAGCCCGAGCAUCAUCUUUACUGCGCACACCUACGUGGCAUGAUGUCACCAGUUCAGCCCGCCAGCGCCACGCCAGCGGCUAUAAAAGGGACGCCAAUUGCUUCAAGCGGCAGUGGACACGGAAACCAAGCCGCAACGAUGUCACCUAACGUACCCCUACUCGUGCAGGUUGGUGACUGGAAAUAUGGUUCCCGUAGUGACGAUCCUUGCUUAAUAGUGUUGCCGUGUCCACACACCAUUCUAAACUGCAUAAGUGAUUGUUUUGCGCUACCGGGUCUGUUGCUUUCACUGUCGGGAGAUGUCGAGCAAAACCCUAGACCUAUUACGGAUGCAAUGUUUAAGGAACUACUAGAAACGCAAAAAAACAUCUUGUCUAAAAUUUCGCAAAUGCAAGAGCAACAGGCCUCAUCUGAGUCUGCUAUGAUUCAAGUUCAAAACAGAUUAUUAACAAUUGAGAAAAAAUUAGAGUGCAUUGAUAAAGUGGAUGGUAGGCUGCUAAAGCUUGAGAAUGCAGUCGAUAGGAGCCAUACGGAAUUGAGUGCUCUAUGCAGUAGGGUUGACGACCUAGAAAACUGCUCGAGACGAAACAACCUUAUUAUUAAAGGCCUAAAAGAAGAAGGCUCUGAGAAUGAUGGACUUACUAAAAAAAUAAAUGACGAUAUAUUUGGCUCUAUUCUAAACCAGAAACUGAAUUCUAUAGAAAGAAUACAUAGACUGGGAAAGAAAUUUCCUGGCAAAGACCGCCCUGUAAUCCUUAGAGUGGCAGACUACCGAGACAAAGUAAAGAUACUGAAAAAUUGUUUCAAGCUAAAAGGCACUCGUAUUAACAUUAGUGAGGACUACUCAAAACGUGCAACUGAGAUACGGAGAAACUUGUGGGUCUCAAGUCUAGAAGAAAGAAAGAAAGGAGCGAAAGUUAGACUGGUUUAUGACAAAGUUCUCAUCAACAAUGUUUUGUACACCUGGAGUGAUGAUGUCAAGGAGAAGAUCAAGUGCAAAGCAUCUGCUAAACCCAACCACCGAUGA